AUGGCUUCCUCACAGCGUUGGUCUUAUCGGCUGGCACGCCUGGUCAUCCUCUUCGUUGGAUUUCAACAUCUAGCCUCCUCCAUCAAUCUUGAGUACUGCUCCAGCCUGAAUACCGCGAAUACCCCCGCAAAUUCCAGCAUCUUCCAAUCCAAUGGACUCUGCUACCAGUUCUGCAUACAGGAUUACGCCUUCGCCGUCUUGCAAGACAGCGAGUGCUGGUGUUCCGACUACGCCCCAGCAGAUACGAGCGAUACCAGCGACUGCAACACACCAUGUCCCGGAUACCCCGACGAUCUGUGUGGUGGAAGCCACUUGUUUGGAUAUAUCGCGUUGACAAUGGCUCCCUCGGGAACCGUGGGUGGAAGCCGCCCCUCGUCGACAAUAUCGCGUCAGGUCCCAUCGGUGCCCCAGCCCGUAACCAUUACUGCUACCCUGACCGCUAGUGCCUCGAGUCCAUCAACUCUCUCCUCUACUACUUCUACGACAUCUACCACAUCAUCCACCACAUCAUCCUCCACAUCUACCACAUCGUCCUCGUCUUCAACAUGGACUGCCACACCCGUCAUAUCGCUCGAGACAGUAACAGGCCAACUAAAAACCGUGACAGUUACGCCUACAGUGCCACCGAGCGCAUCGAGCCUCACGGAUGUUAAGAAGAGUAGCGGGGGUGGCGGAGGGCUUAGCACUGGGGGAGCGGUGGGUCUGACGGUUGGCCUGGUGGCUCUAGUUGCCAUCGUGGCCGCCUUGGUAUACUUCUGGCUUCGAAAACGGCGGCAAGAUGAGAUCGAUGAGAAGGAACUGACUGGAAGAGGGGGAAGCUCCGGGAUGGCAGGUCCAAUACCAUCCAGAACCAUGAGCGAGAACUCCCGAUACGUCCUCGGUACGGAUGGCCGACAAGUCGUUGAGACCUGGGAACCAACCGACGCACCCGGAUCUCGGAGAAGCCGUCUCAUGCCUGUCGACCCGAGACUAGAUCCCUUCGCACCCGUCUACCAACGAGGGGAUGGCAACAGGAGUCGAGAGAGCGUUAAUACGAUCCGAGACGAUCACGAUUAUUCGCGGCGCGUGCAUCAACAGGGUCCUAUCCUUCGAGCGACCAACCCCGAUUAA